UCGUGGCUGGACCUUCGUGGCGAACGAACGUGUUUAUUUUUACUGAGAUUGUUUUUUCUUUCUUUGUGCAAGGGAUACCUCAAUUACCUUGCGAUUGCCAAUCCUUUUACCAAGGGAAGUAAAUAGCGGUUCCUUCUUGUAUGAGUAGCACUUGUUGCUUUUUGGAAAGCCGUUGCACUUGUUGUGCGAGCAGUAAACCCCUUGCGCGAUCGUCAAGCGAAUCGUUAAAUUGCAAUUUUCAAACUGGAUCAGUGCCUAUCUAUGUGCAUGUAAUUCGUACUGUGUUGUAAAAAAAAGUGAGUUAUCAGAUGAUUUACUAGUGUACAAGUGAAAUGAAACAGUAGAAAUUAAAAACAGCUAGCUUUGACAGGUAGCGGAAGAAUAAACAACAUCAGGAAGUAGUAUAAAAAAUUUACAUAUUUUUCGGCGCUCUUCUUCAUAUGCAAAUCGGUGAAAUCGAAAGCCACAUUUUGCGGAUGCUAGCGGCGAAGUGUGCCGGGAAGUGAGCGCCCUUCUCGGACAAAUUUUAUCUCACCGGGACGGUGUGGAUUGUUGAAGAUGCGUGACCGGCAUCUAAUUAGUCGUGAAGAGCCAACCGUUGAUGAAUAAAAAGUGUGCCAAAACAAAAACUCUUCUAAAAACAAACCGGCGUGACGAGCUGUUCAUAGCGCAAAACUACCUGUUUGUGCAAAGUUCAACUGAAAGUGAAAGGGUGUGACUAUUAAUUGUGGAUUUGGGUGGAUUGUAUCGAAUUUAGUGAUGCCCGAGAUCAUAGCAUAAUUGCUAGUGACCCACGGCUUAACCUUAGUCUGUUCACCUGUGAAGUGCAUCGUUGGCCGCGAAUCGAGGAAGAGGCGGUUGCAUUCAAAAAAUCAAUAUUGACGGAUUAGUGCACGGGUCGGCAACAAUUGUGCUGCCGUAAGUGCGGGUUUACGGUAAACAUGCUUAGCAUACAGGAACUCCUCGGUUUAGGUUAGCGCUGCCGUUAGCGGUGUAUUGUGUAAAUAUCGCUGCUCGGUGUAAUACGCAUUCGGUGGAAUUUCUGGUACAAUAGAUUGCCGCUAGUGAGUAAAAAAAUAAAACAGAGAAAUAACAAAGCAGUGACAUAAUAAUAACAUCUAUUUUGACCGAUUGGAGGCUACAAAGGUACGCUCCAUAAUCGGAUCUCGUCAGCCAGCCGAGCCGCAGCGGGACCGCCAAGUAGCAGAGCAAGCGACUUCAGCUAGAAAAUUACUUCCAUCGGAGCGUGUAAACAGCUUGGUUUGGGCGUAACCUGUAGGCCGAGACGGUAGACGGUAUUCCGCAAAGUAACGUAUGAUGAUCGAGCGAUAGUGUUUCGCUGAAGAAAGGAGGAAAAGUUGUUACAUAGUUCAAGUGAAAAAAAAAUUAAGAGAAUGCUCUGAACAAAACAAAUCGCAAAAAAGUCUCUGCGCAGCCUGGUGAGUUUAAUAUGAGUUACUAGUUUCACGUGUAGAACCAGCCGGUGCAGAACUUGGUUUAAUUUUUAGUUAAUUGGAUGAGCAAGAUGGGAGCGAUUAUUCGAGAGGUGGUAAAUUGCAAUUAACGGCCAAUAAGAAUCAGUGAUGAGUUUCGCCAGAAUUUAUUAAACUUUCUGUGGAAUACCUACUACAGUUUGCUGUUAUUUUUACUCACUGCCGUGAAGUGUCCGAUGGAAGCUGGCUAAAACUUGAUAUCGCUGUUUAUAAUCAACUCAAGAUGGGUAACGCGAUUAGCAGUGCUAAUGAGUCGACAUUACCUCGCAGACAGCAGCAGCAACAGCAGCAGCAAUAUAGUGAAAAUUGCGGAGGAAAACGGUUCUGGUACGAACAGAGUGGUACCAGUACGACCUCUAGAAAUAAUCGCCAAAAUCAGCAGCAGCAACAACAGCACCAGAACCCAGAAAGCUCGCGAAUGUUGUUUCUGCUGUAUUUAAUCCAUCGCACCUGGAACGUUGUGGUGGACACCGUUGAUCAAAAAGGAAGAAAAUCACGUGCCGCCACAUCGGAAGAUUCCGGUGCGCCCAGAAGCAACUACGACGAUGCCUUUGACACCGACGCCAACUUCACCGACCUGGACGACGAUUCCAGCCUGUAUGGUUCGCAGUACUCAUACUGCAACUGCAGCUACUGCGAGGAGCAAGCCGAACGCAGCCAUUUCGACAACGCCAGAGGAAACCGGUUUUCCUUUUGCGACAGUGACAUUUCAUACUGCUCAUACCAGAUGGCUCCCAGUGCCGGAAAAAACCCUCCUGGAGGGAACCAGAUAGGUCCACCGGAUGUGAACGAGAUGACGUUGGGCUGGAACUCAAACAUUAAGGAAAAUCAGCGCCCUCCCGUAUUCAACCCAGAAGACUACGUAAUCUCAUUGAAAAAAUACGGCCGCAGAGGAACCAAUGGCAACUUUAAAUCCAUAUACGACACAUCCCCCGGGGAGGAACCGAAACCGGACAAACAGCAGCAACUCAUUGACGCAAAUCGGUCUCACACAUUACCACAUAAAAAUUCCGAAUAUCGAUCCCCGAUCCCUGCUCCGCCAGAAAUGGACAGCGAGAUGACCCUUCGGCAGUUUGGUUCCGUGACCGACUUGCUGACCAAAUUGAGAGCGGAUCUGCGGGCCUCAUUCCCGAGUUUCGUUCAAGAGUUCGUCUCCUGUCCACUGGAUGGCGUGAGCCUUCUGCUGGAAGUGCUGCGAGCCGUCCAGCUCAGCCAAAGCAUGCCGAUGAAUGGAACCACCACGAUGCCGGCUCCGGGAGCGAUGCCAAGAACCAAUCAGUCGUACCAACGACGCGCUCUGCUAGAUGAGUUAGCGUGUUUGCAAUGUUUAAGUAUCUGUUGCACCAGAAGUCCGGAAGCCGGAGCACGUCUGGGGACCACAGCAAUCGGACUUCUACCACUGGCGGCUGCAGCCACAGGUACCGGUAUUCGGUCCAGAAUAGUUGCGUUGCAACUACUUACAAUAGCCUGCGAUAAGUCAGCUCUUUGUGACGGAACUCAGCGUAGUCAACAGCAAGGCCACACUGCUGUAUCGGAAGCUUUGUCUACACUUCGUCUUCGAUGCGCGGAACCGGUUCGAUUUAGGCUGCUCGUCGGGAUGUUGAACAGUGGAGGGGGAUCCGGAGAAUUGCAAGCUGUUGGGAUGAAAUUUAUCAACACCUUUUUGGAGAGUGCAGAAAGCGUCCAAGUACGGCUGUACUUACAAGCUGAACUUUUCCAGGCUGGAUUGGAUCCGGCCCAAAUGUGUAAGAUAAUUUCCUCCACCUCUCCUUGGCUAGAACGUCUGCGAACCGAGGUCAAGCGGUGGGAAGCGAUACGGAUAGACAUUGAACAGCUGCAGUGUCAGGCCCGGUCCGCGGAACAAGUGCGCAGCCGUUUAGUAAUACUUGAACGUCGAGUGCAAAUUUUGCACGAAGAAAAAACUGUUCUAACCACAAUGGAGAGAAGACUGCAGGAGCGUUGUGCAGAAUUACAACGAGAAGUACUUAGACUUAAAGGUAAUCAAAGCCAUGAGGCAUCGAGCAGUCUCGAUAAGAGGCCAGUUGCUUUACCAAGACAGGUUCCACCGCAACCCAAGAGGAAUACCUCCGAAAACGAUGAUGAAGGUAUUAGCAGCUCUGAAACUGGGCAAUCAUCUACACCAGAACCACCACGAGUCUUUCCGACGAAGGAGGGCUCCGGGUCCAACUCGCACAAAUUCAGCAUCUCAUUGAAUCAGGACAAUGCUUGUCCCAGCAACGACAUUAACAAUAACGAUGACGAUACAAAUGCAACCAUAGAAGAUGUAAUCGAAGAGUUGCAAAACAUUGUGAAUGAUGCCGAACGAGAAAUUUCCGAUCAAAACGAAGUUCUCUUCCAUCAGAUGAACAACGUAAACGAAAAGUGCAUGUACAGUUUGGAGAUAAAUGCGGAACACGAAAUAGUACCUGUAAACCUGUUACCUCACCCACCCCGUAAGUCCCGUUCCCUGGCACAUCUUAUUUCAACUCCCUCGGACGGAGACGGUUCCGCAUACGACCUGAUGCUGGCGAACAGUGACACCAAAAUAGAUUUUUUCGAAGACGAAGCCAAAGAUAAAACACCGAGCAAAUCAUUCGUUGACAGCAGCUUCUACGCUGACGAGACGACCCCAGAAACGGUCGUCCGUCCGGAUGUUAUCCACACUGCAGCCGAUUCGCAGGUUCACCAGAGAAGCCGUGCAUCGACCAAAGAUUCCAACCGCGCCAUACUGAAUGUUAUUAUGGAUGCUCGGGACAAAGAGUCUCGAAUGACUCGUGCUCAGUCACUGGAACGGGAAGUUUCCCAAAAAAUGCCCGCUCAGCAGUUUAACGGCGUAUUUUUUAUGACCGAUAUGAAUACCGCAGGAAAGUAUCCGAAACCGGACAUCACCGCUGCUCUGGAGGCGAAGAAAGUAACCAAGAAUCUCGACCGCUUGGGUGCUUACGGGGUUGAUUCUAUGAUCGACAUCGUCAUGACUAACGAGCAGCGGCAGGCGGCCAUUAAGGCUGGCCAGGGUUUCCAGAAGGGACGCUCAAAUCAUCAACAUUCGAACGGCGGCACAGUAACCAGUAACGCAACGCCCAACGGUAAAAACACCAAUGCAAAUAAUAAUUUCAAACUUCGCUCUCAAACGCACUAUCUCGGAAAUGGGCCCCUGCUGAGAGAAAAUAGUCGCAGCCAGACGAACCUUGGCUCGAAGGUUACGGAUCUUCCCUCAGGUCUAUACUAGUAUUUCAGUAUAAUUAUGCUCCGGGUGAAUCAUGUUUGCAAAAUACAAAGUUUUAACCUACUUCUGUGCAAUAUUUAUUCUUUUAACGUUAAGUAUCUUUUUAAAUGUACUUAAAAUACAUGCUCUCCGACUUGAGUGAGUUACUGUUCAACCCCAAGUGCACGCUCGAUUUGUAUAUAAUACGUAGUUGCUCACAGAGAAAAAAAGUAAAACUAGACGAUAAGUGGUGAUGGUACAACACAUAGUCUAUCUUCGAUGGAGGGACUUCCUUUUAGUAGUAGCGAGUUGCGUCAGAUAUGCUAGUAUGACAGAACAGGCAAUCAUUAUGGUUUUAAGACAUGAUCGUGUAAUUUUUUUUAUUAGUACAGAUGAGAUGCCAAUAAAGAUUAUUUUUCGAAA